UUCAUUCCUGUUUUAAAGUCUUAAGAUAUCUUCACCCAAUCAGCAAGUAGAAAAAAUGUCAAACCCUAGCUUUCUUGAUUUCCAGUACAACCUCUCGAAGAGAAGUUUUCUGCGUAAGCCAACUAGGAUGUUCACUAGAGAGAGGCAGAACUCACGUUCGCUGCCUGUUUACCAACCUAGUGUUGAUGAACUAAAGAAAGUUUUUGAUAGAUUUGAUUCAAACAAAGAUGGCAAAAUUUCGCCAGAAGAGUACAAGGCUAUACUCAAAGCCAUGGGGAAGAAGAACCUCCUUACGAGGGAAGUUCAAAAGAUUUUCGAUGUGGCAGAUGCAGAUGGUGAUGGAUUCAUUGAUUUCAAUGAGUUUGUGGCAGUGCAGAAGAAGGAAGGCGGAGUUAAAACUACGGAUUUGCAGAGUGCCUUCCAUACUUUUGACAAGGAUGGCGAUGGAAGGAUCAGUGUGCAGGAAGUGUACGAGCUGCAGAAGGGACUCGGACAACGUUGCAGCCUUCAAGAUUGCAGGAAAAUGGUGAAGGCAGUGGAUGCAAAUGGAGAUGGUGUGAUUGAUUUGGAUGAAUUUGUGACUAUGAUGACUCGCACUAUGACACUUUGUUAGAAAUCCCUAAUUGAAGGCCUCUACUGGGAAUUCCAAGAUUAUCAGUCGUUACAGUUCACUUAGUUAUAUGUUCCCUGUAUAAAGUAAAAAUGUAAGGUUUCUGCAUGCUGGUGGCAUUAGUUCUCAUUACAGUUUGAUAUUUUAUGACAAGUCUAUACUUUCAUAUGAUUUAGGGUAUAAUCCAACAGGUUUUGCAACUAUUAAAAGUUCAAUAGCAUUGACAAGAUCAAAA